AUGCUUACUUAUUCAAUUUUUGAACAUAUUUAUCAUAUUUGCAAAAUAGAAAAAGCUUUCACUUAUACUGCUUCUGAUGGCAAAGACCUAAAAAGCACCAAGAGUAAUCUAAAGAAUUUAAGAACUGCACUACAAUUGAAAGAUCAGGAACUAGUUAUGGACAAUCUUGCUUUAAAGAUUUCUUGUAAAACAAAAAGACCUAUUCAU